AUGUAUUAUUAUGCUUUAGCCCUGAUUGCGCUUGAUGUCAUAGAGGGUGAAGUUGUGGACAAUCAGCUUAGUUUUAUAAUACAGUCCAUUGUAAAAACUUCGUUUGGAGACUCUUUAUCUACGGUAUUUCAUCGAAAAUGGAAUCACGUUGGCCAAUUUCAACAAUACUCAACUGAAUUGGAGCCACAGCUUCAUCUUAAAAAAGUUAGAUGGUCAGAAAUAAAUAUAAAGAAUCUCAUUUAAGGCUCUUACCACUUGCGUCUUCCAUCAUCAUUCUGACUUCUCCAUCAACUACAAAAUCGCUAAUUUGUGCGUCUACAAAUUCACUAUUGCACUCGCUAGCACUUUGCGCUUCUACUGAAUCCACAUUUCCAACAGCACUGUAGUCUUCGCCUGAAAAAAGACCGAACGUAAGACUAAAAAGUGGUCAGAUUAUCUGUUAAUCAAUCAAUUAACAAUCUUCAAAGAUUUCGCAGGUUAUUUGGAAUUAAUACAAUGGACACGUUCCAUUUAUAAUAAAGCACGAACUGCAAAGACUGUAGAUAAAAAGUCACCAAACGCCGCAUAAAACGCAACUAUGUUUACUGUUAUAUUUGGAAUGAAUCACCUGGUACUCAAUUCUUACAUUAUUAGCUAUGAAUUUACUAUUGUGCAAAAGUACUUACGAAAAGGUCAUACAAUAUUGGGAAGGUCUUAUUAGUGCUUACCAGCAGCGUCUGAAAAUAUCAUUUCAGCAUCCUGAAUAGCCUUCGAUAGGUCGUAGUUAUUAUUUUUUUCAUUUACUGGUUCAUAGCUGGUAGUAGACUUCAACGCAUCGAAGAUUCUGUCAAUUCGUCUCGCCAUAAUCUAGAAAAAAAAGUGUCCCUUCUUAAUGAUUGAAAAUAAAAAUACGUAUCUCCUAUACAACCAAAUAUCUACUUUAAAAAUAUAUUAUGGGAAAUAUGCGUAACUCCCUGAAAUACAAAGUUUAACUCAUAUCACCUUGUAUAAUUAUAAUUAUCAUUAAAAAAUACUGAUUCUAAUAAUCUGGAAGUUGUACUUACCUUUCAAAAGCCCUUUAUGGAAAUAUAGAUUCCACUAUCACUUGCACCAAGCUGUAAAUUCGCAGAUGCACGUGUUCACCGUAAGCGUUAUUACACGUUCUGGGAUUUACGCAUUUUGCCGACUGAAAUUGGCGGGAACGGAUAUAGGCCGUUUUCUACUUUGCGUAUUACAAAGAAACGAAUAAAGCUUUGGAUAUAGGCUGUUUUCCUAAAGAUGGGUUGUACUAUUUACUACUAGAUGGCACCAAAAUGUCAUUUUCUCAAAAAUGUGGAGUUACGCAUUUUGCCGAUUAAGUCGACGAUAU